GGCGCCGGGGCGCCGCGGCGAGCCGACUGGCUGAGCCGCGGAGGCCCCGCCGGGGCAGCGGGUGGGAGGAGGCGGCCGGCCCGCGUCGCCGGGCCGGGCUGGGCCGAGCCGAGCGCGAGCGUUGCCCGCGCGAGGACCACAGCCGGAGCCCAGGCCCGAGCCGCGGCCGCCGCUGCCAUGCGCUGGGUCCGGGCGCUGCUGAAGAAUGCGUCCCUGGUAGGGGCGCCCAAGUACAUCGAGCACUUCAGCAAGUUCUCCCCGUCCCCCCUGUCCAUGAAGCAGUUUCUGGACUUCGGGUCCAGCAAUGCCUGUGAGAAAACGUCCUUCACCUUCCUCAGGCAGGAGCUGCCUGUGCGCCUGGCCAACAUCAUGAAAGAGAUCAACCUGCUUCCCGACAGGGUGCUGAGCACACCUUCGGUGCAGCUGGUACAGAGCUGGUAUGUUCAGAGUCUCCUGGACAUCAUGGAGUUCCUGGACAAGGACCCCGAGGACCACCGUACCCUGAGCCAGUUCACUGACGCCCUGGUGACCAUCCGGAACCGGCACAACGACGUGGUGCCCACCAUGGCACAGGGUGUGCUCGAGUACAAGGACACAUACGGUGAUGACCCUGUCUCCAACCAGAACAUCCAGUACUUCCUGGACCGCUUCUACCUCAGCCGCAUCUCCAUCCGCAUGCUCAUCAACCAGCACACCCUCAUCUUUGACGGCAGCACCAACCCAGCCCACCCCAAACACAUCGGCAGCAUCGACCCCAACUGCAACGUCUCCGAGGUGGUCAAAGAUGCCUACGACAUGGCCAAGCUCCUGUGCGACAAGUAUUACAUGGCCUCACCUGACCUGGAGAUCCAGGAGAUCAAUGCAGCCAACUCCAAACAGCCGAUUCACAUGGUCUAUGUCCCCUCCCACCUCUACCACAUGCUUUUUGAGCUCUUCAAGAACGCCAUGCGGGCCACCGUGGAAAGCCACGAAUCCAGCCUCGUUCUCCCACCCAUCAAGGUCAUGGUGGCCUUGGGUGAGGAAGAUCUGUCCAUCAAAAUGAGUGACCGAGGUGGGGGUGUCCCCUUGAGGAAGAUCGAGCGACUCUUCAGCUACAUGUACUCCACAGCACCCACCCCCCAGCCUGGCACCGGGGGAACCCCGCUGGCUGGCUUCGGUUAUGGGCUCCCCAUUUCCCGCCUCUACGCCAAGUACUUCCAGGGAGACCUGCAGCUCUUCUCCAUGGAGGGCUUCGGGACCGACGCGGUCAUCUAUCUCAAGGCCCUGUCCACGGACUCGGUGGAGCGCCUGCCCGUCUACAACAAGUCAGCCUGGCGCCACUACCAGACCAUCCAGGAAGCCGGCGACUGGUGUGUGCCCAGCACAGAGCCCAAGAACACAUCCACGUACCGCGUCAGCUAGGGGCCACCGCUCACCUGCACCUGAGAGGGUGGCCUGCUGUCUCUGGGUCCGGCCACCACGGUGACCCUCCCCACCCCCGGGGGUGGGUUUUCCCUGAUGACCAGGUUCUGUCUCUAUGGAAAUCACCGCGGCAACUGGUCUGUGGUGGUCCCUAAGUGCCAAUCUGUCUCUGUGGAGGCCCCCUGGCGGUCUCCCUGGCGUCCAGUGUCUGUGGGUGAUGCCUGAGGACUGGGGAUGUCUCCACGCUGAUGGGGUGUCCCAGAGACAUUUUUCCAUGCAGUCCUCGUCUCUGAGACGAGGGUGUCACUUCGCUGCCAGGGGUCCUGGGUCUCCCUCACCACCCCCCACAGCCCUGGCCGUCCAGGUGGAUGUGCCCUGCCCUGGUCCGUAGUCAGUGUCAGGAAGGGGCCAGCUGGUGUCCCCAGAUCUGAGGAGCGAGGGGGGAAAGGGGACGCACACUGGAUACCUGUCCCUCCACUCUGGGCUUUAAGGCCACGGUUGGGUGGUGGGGAGGGGUCCCACCUGGGGGGUCCACCCCUAAUGUGGAGGAACCUGGGAAAGCCCAGAGGUCACCCGCCCAGCCAAGCUGCUCGAGGCCCUGCAGGCAGCCUUGGCAGUGUUCAUGCCAUCAGCGGUGCCCCUCCCCAGCAUGUCCUUACGUGCACACACCCACCUGGUCCCGCCUGAGCUCCAGACCCCAGCCCCCACUGUGCCCGGGCAUGGGUGCUCAGCGUGGCUUUCUCCCUAGGACGCUCUAUGUAUAUAGCUAGUUUUAUAGCCCUGAAUGCCCCGCCCUCCCCUUAGCACACAGGGGGUUAAAGCUGUGUGCCCCUCCCAGUGGCUGUGAUGGUGACAGUAAAGAGGAGAUUGAAUGAG